AUGGUUUUUCUUCAAAUCGAGCUAGAAGCGCCAAAGCCGAGACCGUGGAACGCGGAGAGAGAGCCGAGGGAGGCGUACGAGCCGAGAGCAGUGGAAUACUUUGAAUAUAAUGGAAUACGCUCGAUUGCAGUAGCGGUGCGCGCGUUUCAGUUGGCGCACAACGACUGGCGCAGACGAGGCGCGCGGUGCGACGCAGCGGGCGGGCGAACGAGCGAUUUCACCGCUGAUAUUGCGACGGCACGUCGCUCGGAGCCCGACCCAUAUUAUAUAAAGUCCCGCACCGACCUGCGACGCUCGAGACUACUUUAUCGCACAAUUACGUCGAACGUAUUAUCUCUAUCUAGUUAUUAUGUCCGGUUCUUGAAUAAACAUCCGAACUGGAUCGAAUACUAUAGUAGAAAAGCGCUAAGCGAAGCGAGAAAAUUACUUUUCGUAGACGAGUGCCGAAUGCUCGUGCAGUGCUGGAAGCGCUUCGUUGGUCGCGCGGAGGCGAGGGCAGGCGGGCGAGCGGGGGGCCGCGCGGCCGGCUCUACAGAGAACCGUCCAACGCUAACUCGACCAGUUAGUUAUUUGUUCGUGCACACUAGCCUUUUGUAA